AUGACACUGAAGGUUGAAGGAGAUCCAGGCUAUGGCAGCGUAUCUGCUGGAGGUCGAUUCACCGAUCUGGACAGCUCAGAGACCGUACCUCUCCUUAUCCCAGACAUUCAGCAACAGCGGCACGUCUGGAAGCCCCUGAGCAGAGAAGAGCUGGAGAAGUGCGCAGGAGGACCAGAAUGGAAGAAGUUUCGUUCUCGCCUGGUGCUUUGCUUCUGGAUUGGUUGGCUGAUAAUGCUGGGCACUGUGAUCGCAAUAAUCAUUCAGAGCCCGCGGACGGAGUCUCCUUCACUGCACUGGUGGCAGAGGGAUGUGUUCUUCAUGGAUGCAGACAGUGACAAGGUCAGCCGUAUCAGCAGUGACCUAAAAUUACUCCCGCAUGUCAAAUCACUGGGGGUCAGGGCAGUGAUCCUGGAGGGGUUGUUCCAACAUGACAUCUCCCCUCCCAACCUAACAGAGAUCGACCAAAGUCUGGGCACUCUUCCACAAUUCACACAGCUUAUCACAGAAAGCCGCAAAGCAGGUGUGAGAGCGAUCCUGGACCUUUGUGAGCUGGAUCUGUUUGAGCAGGAGUCGGGUAAUGGCACUGAUGUUUGGUCCAGUCCAUCAGAGUACAUUCAAUAUUCAUUAAGGCAUUGGCUGGAGCAUGGUGUAUCAGGGUUUGGCAUCUGUGACACAGACGCAACCUUAUCUGCAAAGACCCUAAUGGAGUGUAGUGUGCUGAUGCAAAAGUUGAAUUCACAAGAUGACGAAAGCAUACUGAUGGUGAGGCAAACAGGUAACACUCUUCCAGAACUCAAUGUGUCAAUGGUUAAUGGUUCACUGGUGGAGCUGGUUGUAAAGUCACUGAUCCCCCCCCCAUUACACCAUUCAUUGUUUCCUGCUGAGGUGGCUGAGGCCAUGGAGGCCAGUCUGCAGAUGCCACAAGGACACUGGCCGAGCUGGACCAUAAGUGGAGGGGUACAAUGGGAGCUGGAGAGAGCGAUUCUAGUCCUGAUUAUGACUUUACCCGGGACACCCAUCUUCAGAUAUGGAGAUGAGGUCAAUCCAGUUCAGGAUCUGGAUCAGCUGAAUCAGCCUCUAGCCCUCUUCCAUUCUCUGAGUCAGUCACGUGCCCGUGAAGAGACUCUAUCCUUCAAUGCCAGCAUGUCAUCCUCUGGCUUCAAUUCUACAGUCACGCCUCCUUUAGCUUUCCUGCGCUCAUGGGGCUGCGUUCACUUCCUGGUCCUGUUUAAUUUGGGUUCUGAACCUCACACUCUGGAUCCAGACUGGGCUCCCUGCUUACCUGAAGGUGGGGUGUUUGUAACCAGCACAGGUCUUGACCGAUUCGGCCCCGUGUCUCUAAGGUCAAUAAAAAUGCAGCCACACGAGGCCGUUGUCAUAAAAGUGUUUGAAUCUGACAACUCUUAA